AUGGAGAUCGAGGACUGCCUGAGCUUGUUCAACAUGAUGCUGCCCCUGACGACCUCCCACAGCCGAUGCAGCCUCAAGAGGCUGGGCUUGCACAUGCGGGCGCCUGACGGCCUGCUGCCGCCACACGAGGAGGUGGAAGGCUUCCUUUGCUCCGGCUUCGCCUCCGUGGCCGAGUGCCUGGCGCCCGGUGGCUUCAUCCACUUCACCCAUAGCCAAGCUCAGCUCGCGGAGACGGUCUUCUUCCAGCUGCCCUUUGUGGAGCCUGACCUUUUCAGUGGGGACAUGGCCAGCUGCACCAGGCUGGCGUCCUCCACACCCUUGGACAGGCCGCUGCGACGCGUGGAGCCGCUGCCAGAGCUACGGGCCUCGGGGACGCUGAUCUCGGGGCCUCUGCGGCCCACCAUGGCGGAGCUAGCCUCUCAAAAGUUGCGGACGCAGAAGUAUGACUUGCAUUCAGUCUUGCCCGAGGGCAUGCAGCUCAAGCUGAUGCAUGUCAUCGACAGACUCGGCGCCUGGAAAGAGGAGAUGGGAUUCCGCAGCUAG